GCAGGAGACAUGGCUCUGGUCAGAUGGGGGCUGAGAAGACAGAAUUUCCAUCUGUUGAGGAGGAGGAGAGUGUUGCUGUUGAAACUCACAGCCGUCGUCAUCUCUGUGCUCCUGUUUUGUGAAUAUUUCAUCUAUUACCUGGUCCUCUUUCGGUGCCGUUGGCCUGAGGUGAAGAUGCCAGCCCGUGGUGGUAGGCAGGAGCCUGUCCUGAAAGCCAUGUUUCUGGCUGACACUCACUUACUUGGGGAGAUAAGAGGCCACUGGUUGGACAAAUUGCGAAGGGAGUGGCAAAUGGAGAGAGCUUUUCAGACAGCUCUGUGGCUGCUGCAACCAGAAGUAGUUUUCAUUUUGGGAGACAUCUUUGAUGAAGGGAAGUGGAGCUCCGCCCAGGCCUGGGCCGACGACGUGCACAGGUUUCAGAGGAUGUUCAGGCACGGCAGCCACGUGCAGCUCAAGGUGGUCAUCGGCAACCAUGACAUUGGCUUCCACUACCAGAUGAGUGAAUACAGGAUAAAUCGAUUUGAGAAAGUGUUCGGCUCUGAAAGGCUGUUCUCUCUGAAAGGAGUUAAUUUUGUCAUGGUCAACAGUGUCGCAAUGGAAGGGGAUGGUUGUACCAUAUGCUCUGAAGCAGAAGCUGAACUCAGAGAGAUCUCUCGUAAACUGAAUUGCUCCCAAGAGCAGGUGCAGGGAUCCAGCCAGUGUGACCAUAAGCCACGGCUCCCCUUGUCUGCCCCCGUGUUGCUGCAGCACUAUCCGCUCUACCGGGCCAGCGAUGCUAAUUGUUCUGGUGAAGAUGCAGCUCCUCCAGAGGAAAGGAGCGUCCCCUUUGAGGAGAAAUAUGACGUUCUUUCCCGGGAGGCCUCACAAAAGCUGUUGUGGUGGCUGCGGCCUCGUCUGAUUCUGAGUGGCCACACGCACAGUGCCUGCGAGGUGCUCCAUCCCGGCGGAGCGCCCGAGGUGAGCGUCCCAUCCUUCAAUUGGAGGAACAGAAACAACCCAAGCUUCAUCAUGGGCAGCCUGACAUCCAGAGAUUACGCUCUCUCCAAGUGCUACCUCCCGUGCGAGGACACAGUGCUGACCAUGUACUGCGCAGCCGCUGCCUUCCUCCUGGUCCUCAUCUUAGUUCACUUUGAGCAUCUGCCCUCAUCUUUCCUGUUUGGUUGGAAACUGUGCAGGUCGCACCUGAGAAGGUGAGGAGUGGGCGACUGUCGAGUACGGUCAUGGGAAUCAAAGCCACAGGCGCAGGACUUCCAGCGGAGCUCCUGUGAGUCACGGAGCAGAGCAAACGUUGGUGGCUCUUAUGGACAUUGUGGGGAUUCUGAACCACCGAUGGCAGCGACUACAGAGUAAACGUUUGACCGUACUGUU